CUAGGUACGAUUACCGUCCUGGUGCCUGCCUCGUUUUCCAUGCUUCUUACCUACCGGACGGGUAUCCUUUUCAACUUCCGUGCCAUAACAUUUUUAUUACCCGUCGCAGCUUUUGUCUUUGUCCUGUCCUUCAUUCCUCUUCCGCCGGAUCUGACGUCACACAACCCCCUGACGGCGACAACCGCGCGACUCGUUGUACUUGGCACAACGAUCCUCGGACUUCUUUCAGGUUUGGGUUCAGUCAAUGGGGCAUGGAGUGCAUUCGCUCGCAAGACAUCAAUCGCUUCCCCGUCUUCAAUUGCUUCUGCUGAGGUUGCUCUCGAACGAGUCAAGUCUGAUUUACGUGAACGCACGCAAGAUCUUUAUGAGUACUCCCCAUCCAAGCCACAAACGAAUGAAACAUGGACAUCACGUUUGACAUUCAAGCGCGAUGCCCACCGCGACUCUCUACAACAAGAAAUCAUUGGCUUGCAAGCAUUGGAAUCGCAAAUGGCAUCCCGCAUUUCCACCCUCAAGCGCCAUCGAGAGACUGCAGAAUUUUCCGAGUCCUUUCGCGGUAAAUGGCUUGGUAGGACUUGGGCGGUGUACUGUGUGUGCCGUGUUUGCAGCUCCGCGAUCAACCUCCUAUCUCCGCCAUCCUUAGCUGUCGGCUCACCGUCCUAUGGGGAUGUAAUCGCACAUGUUCUCGCGUACCUGCUGUCACUGCUACCUUUUGAUGGCGCACCCCGAAAAGCUGGAAUAGAUGUACUGUCUCUUUCGAGACAAAUCAGUCUGGCGCUUGUCGGAGUGAUCAUCCUCAGCAGCAUCCGCGUGGUGCUGAUGGGGGUAAUGAGAGUCUUCCGAAUAACCUCCCGUAGCAUGUCAGCCUCAUUGAUGCUGCUUGUCCUCGCUCAGCUGAUGGGCAUAUACCUCCUUUCGACAGUGGUUCAACUCCGCACCAUGUUUCCUCCAUCAGCAGCCGCUGACACUCCCACAAGCGCAUCUCCUGAUGCCGUCGAAAUCAAUCUCCUUUCUACCCUUCCAGAAUACAUACUCUUUGGGGGACUUUUCGACUGGUCGUUCCUCGCUGGUGCAGGGGGAUGCGCACUGGUUCGCUGGGCAGGGGGAUUUUUUGGUGAAAAUGAAAUGGACCUGUAAUGACGGACCAACUGCAAGAUCCACCUGUAUAAUAUCAGUUUUACACUGCAUUUAUCUCCCGGAUAGGACAUCGCUGUACGGAUAAGAAAUACGAUGGUUGACAUCAGGUACAGACCAGCUGAGCGCAUGUUACUGCUUUUCUGAAUUUUUUAAAAGUACCACAUUGGGGGGGCGCAAGCGGAGGAUAACCCACGCAACGGAACUAAAAAAUGAUAUGGUCACGCUUCGGAUAACAGGUGCCAACAAAAUUCUGGAUAGAUGAAACAAGAUACAAAGUCCCAUACUAAGAAAACACAAGUCGC